GUCUCCCCACACUGCUGCUGGGGGGACUUUUUAACCUAGGCCUGUGCCUGUGUAUGGCCUUCAAUUGAAGCUGCUUCUGCUCCGCCACUCUGCCAUUGGACUCUUGAUAGUUGUCUCCCCACACUGCUGCUGGGGGGACUUUUUAACAUAGGCCUCUGUAUGGCCUUCAAUUUAAGCUGCUUACGCUUCGCCACUCUGCCAUGGGCCCCUGUACCGCCUCCUCUUGCUGCUGCCAGGUCCAGAGUGUGUCAUGGGUCCCUGUACGGCCUCCCAUUGCUGCUGACUUCAUCGCCAGACUCUGCCAUGUGCCACUUUCAGGUCUCCUUACACUGUUGGUGGGUUCCAUUUUGUGAUAGGGUGCUG